AUGACCGACUUACUGGCCCAUGUGAUGCAACAGCAGGGCCACAACCCUAACCCAUCUGUCGGGAAUCCCGGAAACCCUGGGAAUCACGUAGAAAGUGAGGAUCGAGCUCUAGAAAGGUUCCAAAAGUUCUCCCCACCAAAGUUCCUUGGAGGGCCCGAUCCCGAUAUGGCUGAAAGAUGGUUGAAGAAGAUGGUGGACAUCUUUGCAGCCUUAUAUUACUCCGAAGAGAGGCAGGUUGCUUUUGUGGUCUUUCAAUUAGAAGGGGCCGUUCGCUCCUGGUGGAAUGUUAUUCGGACCAAGUGGGAGAGGGAGCAGACACCCAGUACGUGGGUGAACUUUGUAAGAGAAUUUAACGCCAAGUACUUUUCGCCCUUGAUCCAAGAAAAUAAGGAGGACGAGUUCAUCCGACUUCGCCAGGGCACCCAGUCCGUGGCUGAAUACGAAAGCCAGUUUACCCGAUUAGCCAAGUUUGCCCCUGAACUUAUUAUGACUGAACAAAGAAGGGUACGAUGUUUUAUUCAAGGGUUAAACGUGGAAAUUCAAAAAGACUUGGCCGUGACCCAAAUUAACACCUUUAGUGAUGUUGUGGAUAAGGCUUUAUGGGCCGAGAACGCAAGGCUUCAAGUUCGGAAUUUUCAAACUAGAAAACGUGGAUUUUCUGGAGGUAGUUCUACUCAGGGGGAUAAGAGUACCCCUUCCAAAUUGGGAAGGGGAACUGGAGGAGGACGAUUUUCUGGGGCGGCGAGAGGGACUCCGCCAAGGGGUGGCUAG